CCCUCCUGACAGUUGCACUGCCAGGGCUGCUGGCACGUCCCAUGGAGGCAGCCCGGGUAUCUGAUGCACUCGUCGCAGUAGCGCCCCUUGAAGCCCACCCGGCACCUGUGGACCAAUCAGAGGACAGAGGAGUUUGUGGUGUUGACGAGGCCUUCCAAACUUCCCAACCAGCUGACACGACAAUUUUUUGUUUUUUUUCCUUUUGUUGCCUUCAAACUUCCUAUCUUCGUCCAGCAACAAGAUGGUUUCACGUUGGUGAAGAGCCUGAACCCUCGCCGUGUGUCGCUGCCGGCGCCCCCGCCGAGCCCUCCGCCGAGCCGCCGCCACUUCUCGUUGCUCUCGGGCAUGAGGCGGCGGCGUUCGGGCCCCGCGCCGGAGCGGCGCGUCAACUGCGUCCUGGUGGGAGACGGCGCGGUGGGCAAGAGCAGCCUGGUUAUCAGCUACACCACCAAUGGGUACCCCGCCAGAUACGUGCCCACCGCCUUCGACAACUUCACAGCCGUGGUGGCGGUGGACGGGACGCCGGUCGGACUGCAGCUGUGCGACAUGGCAGGACAGAAAUGGGGAAUUGGUGAUGGAUCCAUCAAUGAUGAGCUGGAGCGUCUCCGGCCGCUCUGCUACCGAAACGCAGACGUCUUCCUGCUGUGCUACAGCGUGGUCCGACCCACUUCCUUCCGCAACCUGACCCGGCGCUGGGUGCCCGAGAUCCGCCGGCACUGUCCUGGUGCGCCGCUCGUCCUGGUGGGCACCCAGCUGGACUUGCGCGAGGACGUCCAGGUGCUGAUCCGCUUAGCUCAGAACCAGGAGUGCCCGGUGGGCUCGGAGGAGGGCCGGCAAUUGGCGCAGCAGCUCGGUGCCGCUGGCUUCGCUGAGUGCUCCGCGUUGACGCAGAAGAACCUCAAGGAGGCCUUCGAUUCGGCAAUCUUGGCGAGCAUCCGACAUAUGCGAGAUGGCAGCGAAGGCGACGUUCACGGUGGUGACAUCAACAGUGGUGGCGUAUGGCCACAGAGACGAACCCUAAAGAAGAAGACUCCCGACAAGAUCAAGAAGCUCUCGGAGGCCUGGUGGCGGAAGAUCCGAUGCCUGGUGGGGGAACGGAACUGUGAUCAGCUGACUGCAUGAUCAGGUCAUAGACAAGUUUACAACAUUGACCGAAGAAAAGGCCCUAAAUGUCGAGAUUGCGUCCCUCUUGUGGUUAGUGUCGCCCCUUUGAGAUGCCCAAGAAGGUACAAUUCUCGUGAAUUCUCGGAAUGUGCAAACGACAUAUACUCUUUCAAAAAGAUGUCCCAAGAAUAUCUUUCUCUCUCUGAGACUUUGGAGAAAGGAGUUAGGAACACAAUGCAACGGAAUCUCAAAACAAUGUCGAUGACAGAUCAGCGCUACAGAAAGAGGAAACAAAGCUAAGAUCUUGGUGCCCUGAGCAAGCGGAAGGAGUUUUCACAAAUCAGUUUUCAGAAAUGGAAAAACUCGUGAAUUGCGGCACUCGUGAGUCAGAGUGCAAGUUGCUAAAAGAUCUAUGUGGAGAAUGGCAGCAGUAAAUGUGUGCUGCAAGCAAUCAAACCUGAAUUCCUUGAGGGUAAAGCGCACAUUUCCCCACAGUUGUCAGAUGUGCUGCAGGCCUGAGGGCGACGUGUUGAAGAGCUUCAGCUCGCCAGUGAGCAAGCGGCUGAACAUCAUCUGGGGAUGAGCUGAAGAUUCUCUGCGUCUAAUUGGAGCAGACGGGCCCACCUGGGCGGGAUUACGCCGCCAUACGGUGCCCGAUCGCUUCUCCGUCCCGGCUUUGUCCCCCCGCUCGCUUAUGUCGCUUAUGCCAAAGCGACACUGUUGGUGUGUCAGCGUGUCACCGGCGCAGCGUGCCGUCCACUUUGGAGCCACAGAUCUCGUUAGUAAAAGAUGGCGGGAACAGUUGGCACCUUUGAGACUUUAAGCUAGCAUAAGACCUUUAAAUACAAGUGACACGGAGUACGAGUGACUUACACUGGAGCUCCAUUUUGACUUUGGUACCUAAACUGGAUCUCUAUAUUGAUUUUGGGCCUGAGACUAGAUCCUCUUUACUGGACUGCGGUACUUGGACUGGAUCUCCAAUCUGACUUCGGUACUGCACUGCUGUUUUCUUUUGCGACUUACAGUACAUAUCGGGUCUCUUCGGAUUCUUCUUUUUGCUUCAGGACUUUCCUUGGCGGCACGGUGGUCGACUGGUUAGAGCGCCUGCCUCACAGUUCUGAGGACCGGGGUUCAAUCCCCGGCCCCGCCUGUGUGGAGUUUGCAUGUUCUCCCCGUGCGUGCGUGGGCUUUCUCCGGGCACUCCGCUUUCCUCCCACAUCCCCAAAACAUGCAUGCCAGGUUCAUUGACAACUCUAAAUUGCCCGUAGGUGUGAAUGUGAGUGCGAAUGUGCCCUGCGAUUGGUUGGGAAACCAGUUCAGUUGGCUGGGUUAGACUCCAGCUCAACUGCAAUGUUGGGAAUAUUACUUAGGAAAUGUAGUUUGGUUACAAUUUACAAGUUACCGUGUUGUAAAUGUAAUAGUCGUGGAAUUAUCUGAAUUACUUUCUCCAAGUAAUAUCACUAAUUACCUUUGGUUACUUUUCUUAAUUCUGAAUAAAUGCAUUGACACGACCUAUGGAUGUUUCUUCCAAAAAAUGGAACCAUAUAUCAUUAUUUUGGAAUGACCACAUAUUAGUUAUUUUGGAAUGAACAGAUAUUUGCUCUUCAUACAAAUAACAAAAAUUGCCGAACUGUAAACUGAGAGGGAACUUUUCCUUUUUUUAGUGCCAAUAUUCAUAGAAAAGCGAUGAUGCCACAGAGUAUCAUAGCAAUUUCGAGACGUCCAAUCAGAUUGUCGAUUGAAUGUACUUCCUGUAUCAAUGCUUUACAAUAAGUGCAGCCAUUGUUGGGAAGUUUUAUUUGACAAAAUCAAGAUGUCCUUCACAGCGUGUCCUCCUGUUGAUGUUUGUGUGUCAACACUGCCGCGUAGAUGUUCUCAUAGUCCCCAUGGUGGCGCUGCUGAGGAGACAUGAAAAUAUCAGGAUCCAGAGCAGGUUUGUCUCCUUGUGGGCGUCUGGGCAUUAGUUGUGGCCUACAGCAGCCCCUUGCGGGUGUUCUCAUUUUGUAUUUGUGUUUUUGACUGAAAGUGCAUCGCAAAUUUGGCUCUCCUUGCCUUCAUGCAAGGACAUUACAGUACCUUUUAUUUGAUUUGUUCCGUAACCAUGCUCAAAACACGAUACAACAGCUAUUGAAAUGGAUGGAUAUGCCAUUAAUCCGUUCCCGCCUCCCCCAAGCAGCCAACAAAAUGUCUGGAAUGUUUUUAAUAAGGAAAAUAUCACUGCAAUAAUGCUGAAUAAAACAGUCAAAGUAAUAAUGAAGAUGGCUUUCAUACCUGCUGCCAGUGACUCACUAAGCUACAGUAAGAUUCGUUGUUUUUCACAGAGGAUAAAGAAAAUAUCAGUCGCUUAAAAUGUUGCAAAACCUCGACUGUCGAUGCGAUUUGUUAACCCGUCUAUGGCAUUUUGCGGUGUGUUUUAACAUUAAGCUAGAUAGAAGCCAGUUCCUUUGAUCAAUUGUUCACCAUCUGCCAAACUGCUGCUUGUGGAUUGAGUGGAGUUCUUUCCCUGUCCGUGCAGCGCUCGCAGCUUGAAACUUUUGCUCACAACGGUUCGUGUCUGCAAAUAGCACGACGUAAGUCAGGUCCCUCGUAUCUCCAGGCACCACUGUGUAGCCGGGGAACAGUGUAUGUCCCCUGUGAUUGGCCGGAUUAUAUGUUGGAUUAUAUGUUCCCGCGACCCGAGUGAGGAUAAACGUCCCGGAGAAUGGAUGGAGUAUGUGUGUACAGCAUGUGGAAAACAUGAUACCCUGUUGACCUAAUGUCUUUUGGCAAUAUCACCUCAUAUGACAGAACCCAAAUAAGUUGAAGUUCCAUAAAAUAAAAGUCAAACAUGAUAACGAUAAAACUGUUCAAAAGUGUAACUAUGAGUCAAACCUUUCAAAGACCUUUCUCAGACAAACUACAAGAUUGCACUCCAGGGUGGCGUUUUGAGGUCAUUUGAAAAACUGUGCCAAUCACAAGCGUCAGCUUUGGAAGGUGAAGGUGAAAGUGAAAGGUGAAACAAAAAUCGCCUCUAAUUUUGCCUCUACUUUUCAAAUCUAACUAAAAUUGAUUCUCCCAGUAAUGUAAUGGAUUACAAUUCCACACAUUUUGUAAUUGAAUGACGUCAUCUUGUUACAUGUAUAUGCACGGUACUCCUCAACAUAGCUCGCUUACAACCAGAAUUAGGAUAAACGCCAUCGAAAAUGGAUGGACGGACGCAGCAAAAAGUCCACAACGAGUUUGAUUAAAGCGAGACAGUGCCGGAUGCAAGUUUGGAAAAAGACAAUGAAAACAAAUGUCACCUCUUCGGGUUGUCGCUGCUCGUUUGGUUGCGUUCACGAGGAGGGAGACGUCAUCUUCCUGCACACAAUCGUUGCGGUCACAUCAACGUGAGAAUGAGCGAGGCACGUUUCGAGAAGCAAAAGUCAAGGGUGUGCUCGUACCUCAUGCAGAGAGCCAGGAGCACCACCAGGAUCAGGAGCACAAGCGUCGCGCUCAGCCCGAUCAUGUUGUUUCUUACUGUUGCUACAAAUUGCAAAGGUUGGAGUAAAGUCACAAAAAGGGAUAUCGGGCUUUGGAGUGAAAUUUCUGGAAGAAGCGAAAAUGCACAGCAACCUAAACAAGUGAACCGAAUUUGAUCUUCUGUAAAUUUUCGAAUGUCCCACUGUUGACUGUUUCACCACUUUCUGCACAAGUUGCUGGUCUCUCACAAGUAGCCAUGUUGCUGCUUACCGUCCAUGUACACGGUGAUCCGGCGGAGCCCUCGGCUGUUUCUGGCCGCGCAGACAUAAUUGGCGACGUCCUCCGGCCGAACGCUGAAGUUCUGACCCGACGCCAGUUAGCAGCUGGGUUGGCAUCGCCGCGACAGGUCAGAGUCAACCAGCGGCCCCCCCAGAACCACAGAUGUCCGCAAAAGCCUCGGAGCGUCUGAACAAAGACAAGUGAUGCUUACUUCGAGAUUACAAUGACAUAGUUGGCAUACAAUCAGCUGUGAAGAAAAAUAACGUGGGAACAAAAAUGAGAUAAACAUGUACAUAUCUCAUAAUUAUGCGAGACCUCCAUUCUGACUUUGGGACUCACCUUGGACCUCCGUAUUGGCUUUGGUACUUAGAAUAGAUAUCCAUUUUGAAUUGAGGUACUUAGUCUGGACUUUUGCCGCUUACAUUAGAUACAAUGGACCUCCAUUUUGACUUGGGGAUCUUGAGUGGACCUCCAUUUGACUUCAGUAACUAAACUGAACCUCCAUUCUGAAUUUGCUUCCGAAACUGGACCCUCCAUAUUGACUUUGGUACAGUGCUUACGCUGAAUGUCUAUGAACACUGAUGAAGAGUUGACGUGUCCAUAUUUAUUCUGGGCCUUGAAGUAUAAUCUUCCCGCAUAUUCUGAGCGGAUGGAGAUGAAACAGCAAUGUCCUUCUCGUUCCUGGAACACAGUUUGGUUGUCCUUGUACCAUGUGUAUUACUGCGGCAGGUAAGAUUCAUUGGCUGGCCCUCUUCUCUGACAUUUUACGUAUUAUUCGACAAAGAGGAGAAAAUCGAGGCAACUGAAGGAGACUUUUUGAAAAUGUGUUGUCAGUACUUCUUCUCAACAGAUCUGGAUGAAAACCAAAUAUUUGAUGAUGAUGGUGCAUCAUAUGCUAGUGAGAAAGAGUGCUAGACUGACAUUUGACAUCAAUGAAGGACUCCGUGGAGCAGUGUCAUCUUCAGGCUGACAUUGUGCCCUGAAACGUUUCCAUUUUUGUUUUGUACAUUCCAACAUCCAUACCUGGAUGUCAGAUCGCAGCCAGUGACAAGUACACUCACCCACGCACUCACACUAAAGUUCAUAAGCAGAGACUAACCAAGGGAAAGUGCAUCGUAAUUGAAGUUACCCUGACUUCCCCUUGAUGCAGUCACAUUAGACAACAAUGGCGGCCAUAGAGCCACAAACCCUACAGUGGGUACGGAAAGUAUUCGGACACACUUCAAAUUUCUACUCUUGGUUAUAUUGCAGCAAUUUGCUAAAAUCAUUUAAAUUCACUUUCUCAUCAAUGUACACACAUCAUAUUGCCUGAUGGUGUAGUAGUAGCCACUCGAACAGACUCGGAACAAACGUUUCCACAGUUAGCUUUACAAAGUAAUCUGAUCUUUGAAAAGUAACCAUUUUUCAAAUGACUGAUUGGUGAUUUUAGAAGUAACUAAAUCAAAUUACAAGUUACUUUAUUACAUUCAGCAGCUGCUGUAUGUUAUCAGACACAACUUAAAUGCGGACAUAGAAACCCUACUUACAGACAUAAACUGCAGCAGUUGGUAAGCUAAAGUAGCACCGAAUUUGGCAUAGCAUGCUAACUUAGCGCAUAACUGGUACUGUAGGUACAAAUUUAACUUCGUCAACUGGACGAAUGUACACACACAAAAUGGCAGCAAGAACUUUUCACGGACACACGCUCCGGGAGAAGCUAACUACGUUGGGUAAUACGUAACAUAGCUGUACCGCUGGCUCACUUUCGGUAUUGUAACGUAAUGCUCUCCAACCACUCUGUCUCUUUCCUACUUGCUCUACCGUGAUGUAGAAUAUGUGUCUAUAUUAUGUUUUUCUAUAGUAUUGAUGGUUUCUAAAGUAAUUUUGACGUGAUAGUGGUAAUAUUAACAGGUGGAUUAGGUCAGGUAAGUCACCACUGAAGGCCAAAGGCCAAAGGCCAAAUGCAAGGCCCACACUGCUUUCUGAGAGGGGUGGGUAUUGUUAAGAACCUCACAAUUCGAUUUGAUUUCGAGUUGAGUUGAUUGGAUUCGAAAAAAUAAUUUAAGUGCUUGGAUGCUGAUUCUGUAGAUAGAAAUACAUAAAUAGAGUAUCUGUUGACAGGUACUGAACUGGUGGGAAGCAUUGUAAUGCAUUGUUUGAUAUUUUACUCAGCUCUAUUUUCUGUUAUGUCUAAAAGUAAAAAAAAAAAUCCAGUUAGCGUUAAGCUGAACCGUUUGGUUCAGUCCAGUACCGUACGACAUUGUUUGAUUUUCUUUUGUCAAAAGUCCUUAAGGAUACCAUAAUAUGUACCGGACCGCUUUUGGACACCUUGCGUUGACUGACAGAAUGUUCGAUUCCGGAAUGGGAAGGAGAUGACACAUUAGGAUUUAUUUACAUUUCCAAACUGCACCGUGUCGAACCGUACUGGACUGGACCGCUUGGUAGAAACACACCUUGGAG